CUUUGGAGCCACUGGCAUAGCUACGCUCACUGGCAGGUGGGUCCUGCCGCAAAGAAACACAAGUUAGGCCCACCUUUCAGUUUCAGUCACAGCCACCGCAACGAUCAUGCACAGUACACUACACUAGCGGUUAUAAAAGAGGGGGAUGUGCAACUUGCUCUUGGCCAAACCAGAUGGUCGGCAAGCAAAAGCAGUAGCAACAAUGGAGAGACGUAACGGCGUCAGCGCGAGCCUUGUUCUUGGCCUCCUGCUCGCCACCACCGUUGCUUGCCAUGGUGCGAGGGACAUCCCAGCAACUGAGCCCGAGUCCUACCGUCCCCAGAACGUCUUUGGGUUCGGUGGUUUCUACCCUGGCCCGUCGGUCAACUGGGUGUUUCCGGGGCCAAACGGCGUCACGCCACAGGUAGGCUUCGGCGGGAUGCCGGGCUCUAGCUCCUUCCCUGGCACUGGUGGCUCGUCCGGCAGCAGUGGCGUGGUCGGCAUUCAUGGUGCUGCCAAUCCCUGAUCGUGUUGUUGUCUGUCUUGGUGUCUUGAUGUUUAAGCUUUUGCUCUUGAGAGCUACGCAGGUGCAGCAUUCUACCGUGGUGGUAGAGAGUAAGCUUCUUGCUUGCUCUAGUUUAGCAGUAUUGUGUUAUGGCUUAUGUGUUGUGUGUUGUUUUCAAGUGAUCUGUGUCCCGUGUCUUUGUAAAAGACUUGUUCUUGGUUGUUAUUUAACCUUGUGUACUUCUUAGAGGUUGUAUUGCUGUCGUGGGUUCGAAGUCCCAUUGCUGUAACUUUGAUUUGGAGAGUGAGGAUUUGAACCCAUGAGCUGGAUCACCACAA